AUGUUAAGAUCCUUGGUCAAAAUACCCAAUACUAGGUUCUUAGCGACUGCUUCGAAAUCUGUAGAAACAACUGAUGUACUUAUUGUUGGUGGCGGACCAGCUGGUCUAAGUUUGGCUGCAGCCAUUAAAACAUCACCACAUUUAUCCCAUCUUUCUACAACUUUAAUUGAAGCGGGAAGUUUAACUAAAAUCAGGGACUUCUACGACAAUCCCCCGCAAAACUACCAGAAUCGUAUCAUUAGUCUGACAAACCAAGCUAAGGUAUUCCUAGAAAACAAACUUGCUAUUGAGUUUUUGAAAGACCGAAUCCAACCGUUUGAUGGAUUGUAUGUUACCGAUGGAUGUUCAAAAGGGACUAUGGAGAUGGAAAGAGAAAAUAUGGGUUACAUGGUGGAAAUUCACCAUAUACAAAGUGCGAUUCUCAAAAGAAUAAAAGAAGUCUCUCCUGCAGGCCUGGACAUUCUUGAUAGUACAAAAGUAACAAAUAUUGAAUACAGUGUCCCAGGAGAUCUUUUGUCUUGGCCAUUGGUAACGUUAGACAACGGUAAAUAUAUUAGGACAAGGCUGUUAGUCGGUGCGGAUGGAAAAAACUCCCCUGUUAAGAAUUUCUCUGGCUUGAAAUCUCGUGGAUGGUCAUAUAACAGUUGGGGUAUAGUCGCUAACUUAAAGUUGGUAUAUCCUCCUUUCAAACUAAGGGGUUGGCAAAGAUUCCUGAAAACAGGCCCAAUUGCUUUGUUACCUAUGCCAAAUGACGAUGCCUUCCUGACGUGGAGUACUACGGAACCGUUAUCCCGUCUGUUGUUGUCAAUUGACCCUAAAGCAACUGCAGCAUUAAUUAAUGCAUCAUUCGUACUUGAGGAGGUAGAUUUGAAGUAUUACUACCAAGAAUUGGAACAAGGUACAAUAACCACCGAGGAAUUGAUCCGCGACAUUGAGUUUAGAAUACAACAAGUUUUCGACCAAUUAGCAGACGAAAGUGAGAUCGACAGAUGCUACCCUCCUAAAGUUGCAGAUGUAGUUGGGCCUUCUAGAGGUAGAUUCCCACUGUCCUUGGCCCACGUAGACACCUACAUUGCAGAAAGAAUCGCCCUAAUUGGCGAUGCAGCUCACACUAUACACCCUCUAGCUGGCCAAGGAUUAAACAUGGGUCAAGCUGAUUGCGAAUCUUUAGUAAAGUCCUUGGAAACAGCAACCCAACGGGGAUUAGAUAUUGGUUCAAAACUGGCACUAGAGCCCUACUGGUCUGAACGCUAUCCAUUAAAUAGCGCUUUAAUAGGCGGCGUUGACAAGCUCCAAAAGCUAUACUCUACCGACUUCAAACCAAUUGUAGCUGUUAGAAGUUUCGGCAUGAAUCUAGUUAAUCAAAUGGGUCCUCUUAAAGAAUUCAUCAUGGAUCAGAUUAGCGGUAUCUCUAAGUAA